GACUGGCAAGAGGGAGACAUGCUGCCAAAUAGUGAGCCAUGAGUGGUGUUGUUGCUGCUGCUUUUCACCAGGGGGAAGGAGGAGGGGUCAGGAACGGUGGUGGAGGGUUAUCCUUUUUGGUAAUUGUUUUGAUCUCCUCCCAUUGCGCCCGCCUGGGCCACAGACUCCCUCUCGUUUAGCCUAAAAGGGAAUAAAGUGGCAGAAGUUACUUACUGAGGCCAACAGGCUGAAGAUUGCACAACUAGAUUUUUUAAACUAACUUGUGGAAUCCUGUCUGAAAUCUUCCAAACUGGCAAUGUCAAGGGUACCGAGUCCUCCUCCUCCGGCAGAGAUGUCAAGUGGACCUGUUGCAGAGAGCUGGUGUUACACUCAAAUUAAAGUGGUCAAAUUUUCCUACAUGUGGACCAUCAACAAUUUCAGCUUUUGCCGGGAGGAAAUGGGUGAGGUCAUCAAAAGUUCAACAUUUUCAUCAGGAGCUAAUGAUAAAUUGAAAUGGUGUUUGCGUGUGAAUCCAAAGGGCUUGGAUGAAGAGAGUAAAGACUACCUUUCACUUUACCUGUUACUAGUCAGCUGUCCAAAGAGUGAAGUUCGAGCCAAAUUCAAGUUUUCCAUCCUGAAUGCAAAAGGAGAAGAAACAAAGGCAAUGGAGAGUCAGCGAGCCUAUCGGUUUGUGCAAGGCAAAGACUGGGGUUUCAAGAAAUUCAUUAGAAGAGACUUUCUCUUGGAUGAAGCCAAUGGACUUCUUCCUGAUGACAAACUCACUCUCUUCUGUGAGGUGAGUGUAGUACAGGACUCUGUCAAUAUCUCCGGCCAGAACUCCAUGAAUAUGGUGAAGGUGCCUGAAUGCCGCUUGGCUGAUGAGUUGGGAGGCCUCUGGGAAAAUUCUCGCUUCACGGACUGCUGCCUAUGUGUGGCAGGCCAGGAGUUCCAGGCUCACAAAGCCAUAUUAGCAGCACGUUCUCCAGUUUUCAGUGCUAUGUUUGAACAUGAAAUGGAAGAGAGUAAAAAAAAUCGAGUAGAAAUCAAUGACGUGGAACCGGAAGUUUUUAAAGAAAUGAUGUGCUUCAUUUACACGGGGAAGGCACCCAAUCUUGAUAAAAUGGCUGACGAUUUGCUUGCAGCUGCUGACAAGUAUGCUCUGGAACGCUUGAAGGUGAUGUGCGAGGAUGCCCUGUGCAGCAACUUAUCUGUAGAAAAUGCAGCAGAAAUUCUAAUCUUGGCUGAUCUACACAGUGCUGACCAGUUAAAAACUCAAGCAGUUGACUUCAUAAACUAUCACGCUUCCGAUGUCAUGGAGACGUCAGGAUGGAAGUCAAUGGUAGUGUCUCACCCUCAUUUGGUGGCUGAAGCGUACCGCUCGUUGGCCUCUGCGCAGUGUCCCUUUCUGGGGCCCCCACGCAAGCGACUGAAGCAAUCCUAAACCCUGGACCCCAUCGCACAACCCCACGCGUGUUUGUGUGUGUGUAUUUUUUUAAAUGGAAGUAGCAAUGGAAGCCAUUGCUUCUCCAACCUUGAUCACCAGGUAGACGAUGCAACCUGUGGAGCUUUUUACUCUGUUGUGGGGCUGGGGUGGGAGGGGAGGGGAAAAGAGACUGCUUUGAGAUAUGCAGACUUUUAAAAGAGAACAACAAAUGGCACCAAGUAAACUUGGGGGCAAAUUAGGGAGGGUGGACUUUGGGUAAAGGGGACUGUUCAGCCUAAUAUAUCCCUGUUGCUGCAUUGUCUGUGUGUUUCCCUUGGACUUGGCUGAGUCAAGAACUUAAGGGGGUUGGCCAGGCGCCGGCCCAAGACAACAGAUCCCAACGAUGAUGAAUGGAAUUUAAGGCAAAAGAGAGAGAGAGAAAUAGAGACAAAACAUGGCCUCUGCAUUUGACAGCAGAGAACAAGAAGAUAGACAUGCUUGGAGUGUGCUCUUUUCAUCUUUGGAAGUGAUGUUUGAGGAAUAGAAGAAACUGAAUUUGCCUUCGUGAAACAGAGUCCAUGAAUGGGACCGUUAGUGGGAUUUUACGUCGAGACUUUUGCAAGAUGAAGAGGCCUAGGCAUCUUGAAAUCCUUGCAUUUGCCAUCCAGCUGUGAUAUGGUGAUUGCUCUCUCUUGCUAGCACUCUUACAUGGUGCAAAAAGAAAAAGAAAAAAAAAUCUCUUUUACAAAAUGGCAACUUCCUAGAAGUCAAGAGCGGACUGAUAGAGAAAAAUAUUCUCUGGCGAAGACAUGGAUAAGAUGGAGGCAGCCAUGAUCAGCCUUCAGGAACUGUUGGGAUUAUGUUCUCGACUUGGAAAUUGCUAUCUAUGAACAAUGGUUACCUGUUUAGAUAUUGUGGGAAUUUUGUUCCUCUGGUACCUCUUAAAUUGCUCUAGUUUUGUUCCCCUUUAACUCCUGUGAUUCCUUCAUACCCUUGACUCUUCUGGUUUUUUUUUUUAAAAAAAGAAAAUUUAUUGUUCAUGAGCACUGUGUCAAAGGUUUCUUGUCCUGAGUUGCUAAAACAAUUCUUAUUGAGUGUUUGUACCCAAUCUACUGGUUUGUAGAAGGUCUGGUCCUGUUUCAUUCUAAGCCAGUUUUCUUUUUUAGAAAAAAAAACCCCAAAAUAGCUGGUAAAGCUUUUCUUUUUUCCCUUUUAUUUUCUUUGGAAAUAUAAUUACUCUUUUGUACUGUG